CAAGAAAGACGAAGAACAAGAGUAAAAGAAAGAAAAAAAACCCUCACUUUCUCUCUCUACUCUCUCUCACACAGUAACCACACACAGUAGUAGAAAAACCAUCAUUACAAACACACCUUUUCUCCUCACUCACACACACACACACACACUGUAUAUAUAUAUAUACACACACAUACUUAUUCUUCACUCUCACAACUCCAAUUCGGCAAUUCCGUUAGCAUAACCGAUGCUAUUUCAAUUACAAUUUCAAUUUUCAUUUCAAAAACCCUAGCUCUUGAACAUAUAAUCAUGGCGAACAGCAAUCCUUCCGACGGAUCCGCCGACGACUUCUUCGAACAAAUCCUAGGGUUUCCGGCGUAUCCUCCCGGUGCAAACGACCCGAAUUUGGCGGGAAACGAGGGAGGAAUGGCCGGAAAUAAUGCUGCGGCGGUGGCGGCAAACUCGAUGAUGUUGCAGUUGAGUUCGGCUGGUGAUGGUUCCGGUCAUCAUCAUCAUAUGGCCGGAGGUAUGGUUGGUGGUGGUGGUGGCGGCGGUGGUGGUGGUGGAGGGUUUCAUUUUCCGUUAGGGUUGAGUUUGGAGCAUGGGAAGGGUGGGUUUUUGAAGAUGGAUGAUGCUUCUGGGAGUGGCAAGAGGUUUCGAGACGACGUCGUUGAUAGCCGUGUCUCCGCCUCGGGGUUCCAGGCACAACCGAUGGCUAACACUGUUCAACCGCCUCCAAAUCCACCUACGGUUCGUCCCACAAGGGUCCGGGCAAGGCGAGGGCAGGCUACCGACCCACAUAGCAUUGCUGAGAGGCUUCGCCGUGAAAGAAUAGCGGAGAGGAUCAGAGCGUUACAAGAACUGGUUCCUAGCGUCAAUAAGACAGAUAGAGCUGCCAUGCUUGAUGAAAUUGUGGACUAUGUGAAGUUCUUGAGGCUUCAAGUUAAGGUAUUGAGCAUGAGUAGAUUGGGCGGAGCCAGCGCCGUAGCGCCACUUGUCACUGACAUCCCUAUAUCCUCUGUCGAGGAGGAAGGCGGUGAAGGAGGAAGAAACCAACCCGCAUGGGAGAAAUGGUCAAACGACGGGACAGAUCGACAAGUAGCGAAACUAAUGGAAGAAAAUGUAGGUGCCGCAAUGCAAUUUCUUCAAUCGAAGCAACUUUGCAUCAUGCCCAUAUCACUUGCCUCCGCUAUCUAUCACACACAACCACCCGAUUCAACCUCGAUCGCCAAACCCGAAUCCGAGCCCCCUUUAUAAGCCAAAAAAAUAACAUUCCCAUAAACUUCUAGUUUUAGCCCUAGCUUGAAUGCAAUCACCAUUCACCAAUAUGUUUUUAGUUGAAAGUAGCAUCAUAUUUGCCUUUAUCUUUUUCCACCACUCAUAAUGUUUUAUAAGAAUAAUGGAAAGCCCACAAGAUUCAAGGAAAGAUGUCAAACAUUUGCUUGAUAUGUUGUGCCUUUUUGUGUCAAUUGGUGAGACUAGUGGGGGAUGACUAAGGGGAUUAUAAAGUUUUUAUAGUGGGGGGUGGCUUUAAAUUUUUAUUUUCUUUGGGUAGUGGAUUGUGGGCCCAAUGAUAUGAUAUAAAUGCUUAUGUUUAUCUUAAUUAUACUAUAAUUGUAGUUUAAUGUUUUAAUGUGGAUAA